UGUUGGCGCAUGUAACCACUACAAUAGAGAUAAAUAGUAACUCUCAUUCUCGUUGAUCAAAUUUUCUAUUAUAACAUUGUCAGUAUUUAAAAGCUUUUUAUCAAAUUUGAUUACUACAAUUAACUAUUUUAUUUAUCUUUUUGUUGUUAAUGGUAAUCGACUGCUACUAAACAAUUAACUUUAAUCCUAUUUCACUUUGUCUCUCACUUCUUCUUCAUGUGUCUUUGUGAUCGGUGAUGAGACAAAUCAAUUGAACAACGAUAACAAUAUCAUUCAAUUGUAAACAAUUUAUCUUUGAUUAACUUCAAGAUGAACUUUUCAAUCAAUAAUCUUAAUCUAUGUUUUUAUAUAAAUUAAGUGUUAACUAUUGUGAUUAUCUGAACAAUAAUAAUAUCAAAGGUCCUUUUGAUUAAACAUUUCGAAAGUUAACAAUUUUAGUUCCAAAUUAAGUUACAAUAAGACAUAUUAAAAUCCAGGUGAUGGACUUAUUCAAAUCACUAGUGAUCGUUUUGACUAUUCUGGUACCAAUUUCCUUACAGGACGAUAACAUAAGUGACGAAGUAAUCGAGCUUUUGCAAGAGAGAUGCGAAGAAGCUUCGCUCCCUGGAAGUUCUGCUACUUGUGACCCUAAAAAAGGCCGAAUUUACGUUUAUGACCCAGAAAUCAAAGGUUUUGAUGAAGCUCGACGUUGGUGUCGACAAAAACUCGGAGGGUUACGAUCGGCCGAUCUAAUCUCAAUUGGAGCUUGUAACGAAUGGGAGAAGAUUCCUGAUGUAAUAAAGCCAUUCAUUGAAGCUAAAACUGAAUCUGGUUCACAUGAUUGGAUUUGGACACAAAUUAUUUCUGGACCCAGAAUGACCAAGAACGAUUCACUGCCGGAAGUUGUAAUGGAAAUGCUAAGUGGUAGUACAUCAAACCCUUUAACAGAUUUACAAUCGAAUUGCCUGAAAGACAUUAUCAAAUCAAGCGAUGAACCGAAGGAAGGAAACGUUUUAGUUUUGCUCGUUAAUAGAUUAUCCAUCACACCCAAAUUAGUUCACCGGAAUCUUGAAGCCAAAGGUCACGCUUUAUGUGAAUAUCGUUUCAAACCAGGAAUAAUUGACAUCCCCACAACGGUAAUUGAUCCCAUUACUGAAAAACCAACCGAAUCUCCAAUUACUGAAGUUCCAGACCCAAUUACAACUGUAGCAAAAGAAACGGAACAAAACCAAACGGAUGUUAAUCCUGAAGUCGAACCUAAAAACGUUGAUGAUUUUUUUGCCCAAAUCAACGAAAACAUCACUCACGAUGAAGGAAGUUCACAAGAUCUUACUCAGGCCAUUUUGGAUGAUAUUAAACAAGAUAAUUUUGUCCUGUCGACUUCUGACCAUAUUCUGAAAACUGUUGCGCUAACUGAAAAAUUGGGUGCUAAAAUCGACUCCGAAUUAGAUGCAAUAAAAAACAAGACUGUUGCAACUGCCAAAAGAGUGACAUUCACACAACAGCUUUGUACCAUUUUGUCAGCAUUGAUGGAGACGAAGAAUGAGCAAUGUUGGAAAAAUACGGAGACUGAAAAGACGCCCGUUUACGCGACGCAGAUCAUUUCGCAAACUGAGCAGUUUGGACUGAAUUUAGCUUGUGAAUUGGAGCAAAAUUCAUCUAUUCCCAUUGAUGCCGAUUCGAUUCAAAUGGAAGUGUUUGCCUUCGAGAACCAUAGUUACAUUAACCAAGAAGUGGCCUUUCCAUCAAAACAAACGGCUUCAUCACAAGUUGCACAGAUCAAGUUUCCAUCAGGAUUUGACCUCGACACUGUUACAUCAGCAUCAGCAUGCGGUCGACCAUCAGGCCUUGGAACAAUAAUCAAAAAGAUUUCAAAUUACAUGAAACCACCAGAAGAAAAAGUCAACAUUGUCUCCGAUUUGGUUUCAUUCAGUUUCGGAGAAAAAGUUGCCAAUCUAAAUGUCCAAGUCUCUUUGUCCCAUAACAUGUUGCGACACAGAGGUGACCUUGUUCAAUGCGUUUUCUGGGAUCAAGUUAAUACAGUUUGGAACUCGACUGGAUGUGUUUACGAUCCGAUUGCAUCAACUCGACGAAAAACUGUUUGUCAUUGUUCACAUUUAACCAACUUCGCGAUUCUUAUGGACCUCUCUGGUCGACAGGAAGACGACCAAGUCAAAUCUGUUCUAACUCUCGUUUUCUUAACUGCAUCCGUUAUAUCGCUAAUUUUAACCAUCUUUUUCCUCAUCACUUUACCUCCGGUUAAAAGCACUCCGAUAACUAAUAAGCGAGUAACUAUAACAACAAAUCUUUGUAUUUGUCUUUUGAUUACCGAUUUUAUCCUAAUGUUUGGUGUUGAACACACAGAAAAUAUUCUCUGGUGUCGAGUCAUUUCAGCGACACUUUUUUAUUUCCUAGCAGCAACAUUUACAUGGAUGUCACUUGAGGGUUACCUUUUAUACCAAAUGAUUGUUGUGGUUCCUCUAAACUUUGAAUUUCGCAGUCGAUGGCUCUACUUACUUGGCUAUGGAUUAGCACUAAUCUGGUUGGGUGUUACUGUUGCAAUUCUUGGUAUUGAAUGUUUUUACGACGACACAAGCUACUAUUGUUGGAUAUCUAAUCCUUUGUAUCCAUCACGAAUCUGGUUCUUUGCUGGCCCAGUUGCUUUGAUAAUAGCGUCAAAUAUGAUAAUCUAUGGAAAAUCGAUACAGAUCGCGCUAUUAAGUAAUUUAAAGAAAAAGAGUUGGGCAGCAAGAGGAAAUCGACCUGACCAGAAUCGCCAAGAUAACGGGCUAGUUCGUCGUUGGUUGAAAGGAUCUUGUUCAUUAUUAAUUUUACUUGGACUCACUUGGAUAAUUGGUUUUCUGUAUUUCAAUGAAUGGGCAGAUUGGAUAUCUUAUCUAUUUAUAAUAAUCAACGGAUCACAAGGUAUUUUCAUAUUUCUCUUCGAGAUCGUUACGAAUAGUAAAGCUCGACCAGCGAUCAUUAGAAUGGUUUCCGGCAAAUUCCCAUCAACAUACAUCUCAUCUCUUUCCUCGAAAACAUCAUCAUCAAAUCCAAUUUCAACUUUAUCCACAAGAAGUUCUAAACUUUUCAAUCAGCAGAGUUUCACUGGGAAAAAUUCUUCGAAAGGAACUACAACCACAACCACAACACCAACUUCUCCCAUUUCUAUAAGUUCACGAAAAAAAACGGCUGAAAAUAAACCUGUUGUUAUGGAACUAAAAUGAUCCAUAAAUUCAUGUAUUAAUACUAAAUUAACUUUGUGAUUAUACUUUUCAUCGAAUGUAACCAAAAAAUAUCGAUCUCUUCCUCUCAGAAUGUUACUGUACUUCCAUGUCUUGCACUCAUAGCAUUUUAUGGAAACUUCCAUCCACCUUCCACAUAGAAUUUCUCUUUUCAUUCAAUGUAAUUCUUUUAAUUAUUAUUUUUAUAUAAAUUAUCAUCAAAUGUCCACAUAAAUGAUAAAAAGUCUAUUCUGUUGUUCAAUAUCUACAGUCGUUUUUCUCUUAGUAGAAAAGGUCUAGAUGUUAGUUUUCGAAGCACAACUGUGGCCAGCAAAGGUCGAAUAAUUCGCAUUGAUGGAAUGGAAAGUCGAAAGAUGAGUUGCUAUGAAUUGACAGAUAUCGAAAUACAUCUCUAAUUGUCGUCAAUUCUACUUGUAAAUAAUGAUUAAGAGUAAAUUAAAUAUCGUAGCAAGAAA